AUUUGACACAGUGCUAGCGAAUGUGCAACACCAUGCAGUUAGACCACUUUUGUUAGGGCAAUUAUGCUAAAGCAGUGGCACUCAACUCUGGUCCUGAGGACACUGCCUGCAUGUCUAGCCUCCCUGCUCCAACAUUCCUGAUUAAAAUCAACAGUUUGUUAUCAAUCAGUAAUUACUAUCCAGUUGAUUACACACAUCAGUUUUGUUGGAUCAGGGAUACAGGAUUACUGGGACCAGGACUGUGAAUGUGAAAGAGAUGGGAUGUAUAAUUCUGACAAUAGUCAAACAAUGUACUACCCAGUGUCAACUUGAUGGGCGAUCCUGAACUGAAGAGAACAGGACUUGUCUCUUUUGAAGAGAAGAUGGCUGUGGUUGGAGAAACCACUUUGCAUGUAGUGAAGUGGUAUGAUAACCACCCAGUGACCCUUCUGAGUGACUACAUCGAAGCAUCCCCAGUUAAAGAGGUUGAGAGGUGGGACCGCAAGCAAAAGGUGAACAUCAAAGUCCCCUGCCCUGCUGUGGUGAAGGAGUACAACAAGAAUAUGGGUGGAGUGGAUCUACUUGACUCCCUGAUUGCACUGUACCGGAACAAAAUAAGGUCCAAAAAGUGGUAUCACCGGCUGGUGUUCCACUUGCUGGACAUGACCAUUGUGACAGCCUGGCUGCUGUAUAGAAGAGAUUGUGAUGGUACUGGCAUAAGAAAGGAGGAGCAAAUGAGGCUCUAUACAUUCAAAUCAUACAUCGCUGAAGGCCUCUGCAAAAGUGGAAAGUGUCUGGAUCGCAAGAGAGGUAGAUCCAGUUCUACCAUUGAUAACGAAUACAUGGAGAAGAAGAGAAGGGGACCCACUGCAGCAAUCCCCAUCUCUGAUGUGCGCCUGGAUGCCACAGCCCACUGGAUAGAGAUGUCUGACAAGAAGGGCAGAUGCAAAGUUCCAGGGUGCAACGGUACUCCAAAAGUAAAGUGCCAGAAAUGUGACAUCCGCCUGUGCUUCACAUCUACUAGCAACUGCUUUUUGAAGUUCCACAGUGAGUAGAAGAAAAGAAGUCAAGAAAAUAGCAUUCAUUUUGUCCUAAUUCCACUACAUGUGUUUAUAAGUUUUGGUACCCUUGUAGCAUGUUGUUGCUUUGAGGCAACAAACCCAUUUGUAUCCAUCGCAAAAUUUUAUGAUUGAUUUAUCAGGACUCCCAAACUCCCAAAAAGUAGAGUGAAAUAUUUUUUUCCUCAGAAAAAUAAAAUUCAUGCCAUAGAGGGUUAAAACAUUUAAAUACA